AUGUCGCUGCCGUCGCUGCGCACCGCGCUGCCGCGCCUCGCCGCUCGCGCGCUGCGUCCUCAAGCACCUCGCUGCGUCGCGGCCGCAGCAGCGCCGGCGACGAGCGCUGCCGCUUGCCGGAGACGCGAGCUGCAUGUGUCUGCGCCGCGUGCCCGCUCGGAUGACCCGGGUGGCAAGCCCAACGAUGGCAGCCACCCGACGGUGUACGACGACUUCUUCAACCUGCUCUCGUCGCCGACGGACAACCCGUCGAUCACCGUGCACUCGCUCUCCGACACAGCCAUCACGCUCGCCGACGGCCUCGUCAUUGCGCAGCCCGUGCUCUUCCUCAACGGCAGCGUGCUGCUCUGGGACGCGCCGCCGCUGAAUGUCAAGCAGGCGGCGCCCAGCGGCUGGGGCUGGGAGGCGUGGGACGACGAGUGCUGGAAGGUGGUCGAGGUGGUGGAGCCGCGGCCAGAGGUGAUCAUCUUUGGCACCGGCGCGACGGUCUGCCCGCCGCCGCAGCGCAUCAAGUCAUACCUGCACUCACUCGGCAUCCAGCUGACCGUUGAGAGCACUCGCAACGCAUGCUCGACGUACAACCUGCUCAUCGAGGAGGGCCGCACCGUCGCCGCGGCGCUUCUGCCGUCAGAGCGAAGGCCCACGCAGAAGGUGCCCAACGACGAGGGCGGCGAGCACCUGGAGAACCGCAAAUAGCUGGAGAGAGGGCAGAGAGCGCAAUGUCAUGGUGCUGCUACGGUCUAUAGGCGCCGGGCAUGGCUGGAGCGAGGUUCGAGCGUCGCAUGCACAAGACGCUCCUCCUCGCCACGAAACGCGCAGCCUCGACGACCCGCGAAGGCGCAGACAGUGCGAGCUUGGCCGGUGAAGGAUAUGCAUUAGGAUCGUGCAGCAGGUG